CUUUUACGUCUCUAUAGAAAUAUUAAUUCAGCUAGUUUAAGGAUGUCAGAAGAGGUUAAGAAGCAGGUAGAAUCGCUAAUUUCUAAGCACAAAGUAGUAGUUUUUUCUAAAACAUAUUGUUCAUUUUGUAAUAGUACUAAAAGGAUUCUUGAAGAAGAGGGAUUUGAUUCGUAUGUUUUAGAAUUGGAUAAAAUUGAGAAUGGAGCAGAGAUUCAAGAAUUUUUAUUUGAGAUGACGUCUCAAAAAACGGUUCCUAAUAUAUUUAUCGGAGGAAAACAUAUUGGGGGGAAUUCGGAUUUAGAAGGGCUUAGAAAUAGUGGCGAAUUAAAGAAAUAUCUUAAAUAGAAGUUUUUAUAUAGGUAGAUUUUUUGUGUAUUAUUUAUAUAUUAU